CUUAGCCAAGGAAGAUUAUGGGUCAAAUUAUGAGGGAAAACAACUAUAAGUUUAAAUGUAUUUACUUAUUUUACUAACGUAUUACAGUCUUUUUCCUUAUGCAAAACUACUGGAAUGGAAAUACGUAGGCAUAAAGCGAUGAACUGAAAAGGCCUGUGAUUGACUUUUAUCAGAUUUUACAGAACUGUGGUAUCUAAAUUCAAAGCACUUCUUUAGUCUUAAUUCUCCAGAGUUCAGAGAUUUCAACAAGCAAGAGAGUUUGUCUGGACAACCAACGAAAGAAUUACUGCAGCAGACUCGGGCAGUGAUCUUGAGUUCUGACAGAGUAAAUGCUGUCAAGGCCAGAGACUUGUGACUGAUCCCUAGCCAGACAGGUCUAACUAGAUGGAGAGUGUCGACCCCAGGCAGAUGAACUGUUUUGUGCAAAUCUGAAGUCAGCUUUCUCGCCUGGUCAGGCCCGUGCUCUUUGACUACAAUUCCAGUUGAUGGAAGAUGUAGAUUCCUUUAUGAAACAGCCUGGAAAUGAGACAGCAGAUGUAGUUCUUAAGAAGUUGGAUGAGCAGUAUCAGAAGUAUAAAUUUAUGGAACUUAACCUUGCUCAAAAGAAAAGGAGGCUAAAAAGUCAGAUUCCUGAAAUUAAACAGACAUUAGAAAUUUUAAAACACAUGCAGAAGAAAAAGGAAUCUACAAAUCCAAUGGAAACCAGAUUUUUACUGGCAGAUAAUCUGUACUGCAAAGCUUCAGUUCCUCCUACAGAUAAAGUUUGUUUGUGGUUGGGGGCCAAUGUGAUGCUUGAAUAUGAUAUUGAUGAAGCUCAGGCUCUGUUAGAGAAGAACUUGUCAACAGCUACAAGAAACCUUGAUUCCCUAGAGGAAGACCUUGAUUUUCUUAGAGACCAGUUUACCACUACAGAAGUCAAUAUGGCUAGAGUUUAUAAUUGGGAUGUAAAGAGAAGAAACAAGGAAGACCCUUCCAAAAAUAAAGCAUAGUUUUGGCAAUUUUAAAUGUGGUUUCAAUUUCCAAAUAUUUUUUAUUUAAACACCCCCAAAGUUCAUUCUUAAGGGACUGAGUUACUUUAAUCAUUUCAGUAAAUGGUAAAAUAUAUAAAAAUAAAAACAAUGGUGAGCACCAUUUUAUUUAUUUGUAAACUCGGAAUUUGGUUUCAUGCAUGCUUCAUGAAUUACAAAUUAUUUGAAAAGACACCAAGCAGUCUAGCAAAAGACAUAGCAUUUUGAUGAGAUCAGUCUGUCGUUAGUAAAUUUCUACCUGAAAGUUUCAAAAUGUGAGGUGCAAAUAUGAAAUUGGGUCUGACGCUUCUGCAGGUUAAUGUAAUGUAAGAGUUUACUCUUUCAUCUUUGUUAUGUGCAGCUGAUGAAGUUGUAAUCAGCUUGGGCUGGGAAGACAUGCAGCUAAUGUUUUAGUAAGCAGAUCAAGCACAGUGAAGUCUUGGAUUUUGUUUCAGUCAGUUACUUCUUCGGCAGCAUAACCCUACAAGCAUUCCUGAAUAUCUAUCCACUUGGGAUAAACUUGAUUUUAAUAAUUACUGGUUAGUUAACUGUCUGUUACUGAACUCUCAGCACUUUACCUGCAACAGUUUGUGACUCAUCUUCAGAAAAGAAUGGUGAAUGGAGUAAACAGCAGAAGCUAUGUCGAGACUGCAGGUGAUCUCGCCCCGUUCUUUUUCAUACAUGUGCACACACUGCUUAUUUUUGCAAAUGUGUUGAACAAGGACACCAAAAUGCUGAUAGCCUGUAAAGAAACCCCCAUGUACGAUUCCUUAGACAGAUGUCCAGUUCAAAUGUCUUAACACUCUCAGCCUACUAGGUGGUGAAACUUGUAUUAAAUAUGGAUGGUUCUCUGAAGUACCUCUUCUGGCGUUAACAGGUGGAGUAUUUCUUUGGUUAUUAUGAAGCCUUGCAAGAUUGUUGCCUUUUACCUCUGCAGUUUCUAAAAUGAAAUGCUCAGUGGUGAUGUCAAUGGCUAGUAUUCACACUCUGUGACUAAGAAUACAGGUUUCGCUACAAAAUAAAUGCAGAUGUUAACUGUUCAAUCUUCAUGUAAUAAACAAUAUACCUGUAAAGUUUUUGUACUUUUAUUUCAUGAUAUUAAAAUAGUAAAACUAAACAGCUGUGGCAAACA